AUGGAGGAGGGCAGGGACCACUUACACCUGAGACGGACCACGGAGCAGCACGGGCCAGAGGCGGGGGUCCCGGUCAAGCGGAGGCAGACAGCCUCCCUGGGCAACCCAGGGUGUCAGCUGUACCUGAGUCGGUCUCAACAGCAGCAAGCGCCUGUGGUGGCCUUCCCGGGGGGACUGAGACAGGCUUUCUUAGCUGAGACACCAAGAGGUGGUUAA